AUGGGUAGGGGGAAGAUUGUGAUUCUGAGGAUCGAAAAUUCGACGAGCAGGCAAGUGACUUUCUCAAAGCGUAGGAAGGGUUUGAUUAAGAAAGCAAAAGAGCUGGCGAUUUUGUGCGAUGCAGAAGUUGGACUUGUGAUCUUCUCAAGCACCGGAAAGCUUUAUGAAUUUGCAAGCAACAGCAUGAAGUCGGUGAUAGAGAGAUACAAUAGAUCAAAGGAGGAACAUCAGCAACUUCUUUACCCAGCUUCAGAAGUGAAGUUUUGGCAAAGCGAGGUAGCCAACUUAAGGCAACAACUACAGAACUUGAAAGAAAAUCAUCGGCAAUUCAUGGGAGAACAACUUUGUGGUUUAAGUGUCAAAGAACUACAAGGUCUAGAAAGUCAAUUGGAAAUGAGUCUGCAGGGAACUCGAACGAAAAAGGAACAAAUAUUAACUUAUGAAAUAGAAGAGAAAAAUCAAAAGCGUAAUGUCAUCCAUCAACAAAAUAUGGAACUGUACAAGAAGGUGAAUCUCUUUUGCCAAAAAAAAAAAUUGAAAUUACUCAAGAAGGUAUUCUGA